AUUGUUAACAUCGGCAAUAAACUUCCUGUUGGGAAACGUGAUUAUAAAACAUGGUCCAAGAACAUUUAGUCCUUGAACACUGAAAAUGUUUCGUUGCUGCAUAUUGCGUGUUCCAGCUGUACCUCGUUCUUCAAACACACCGUUCUUAGUUGCACCACAGCUUCGAAAUGCAAUAAAACAGCCCAGCUAUGGAACUUGCAGGUUUUCUACCCUGAUGUCAAAACAAUGCAGAUCAUUAAGACAGAGUACACAGUUAAGCAGUCUCCAGUUUUUAAGGAGAACUGGAACAUCCUCUGUGAACAGUACAGUAAAGCAGGGUCUAGCUGACGGACUGUCAGACAGGGCAAGGAAGGCAGUGGGAUGGUGGUUGUUUGGGUGUGCUGGCAUGUGUUUUGGAGCAGUGGCACUGGGAGGGGUCACCAGGCUCACAGAAUCUGGUCUGUCCAUGGUUGACUGGAAGUUGUUUGGACGGCCACCGCCACGGUCCUCUGCUGAGUGGGAAGAAGAGUUCAACAAAUACAAGGCAUUUCCAGAGUAUCAGUACCAUGUUGCAGAGAAAGGGGAAAUGUCUCUUGGUGAGUUCAAAUUUAUCUGGUUGAUGGAGUACACACACCGUAUGUGGGGGCGAACCAUAGGUGUGGUGUUCCUGUUGCCUGCAAUUUUCUUCUGGAGUAAAGGCUGGAUCACAAAACCCAUGAAACCCAGGAUAGGGAUAUAUGGUGGACUGCUGCUGUUCCAGGGUCUGCUGGGUUGGUACAUGGUGAAGAGUGGACUGAAGGAAAAGAAAGAUCCAAACUGGAUUCCAAGAGUUAGCCAGUACAGACUUGCUUCACAUCUGGGGUCAGCCUUCAUCCUGUAUUCACUGUUUCUGUGGGGAUCCCUGUCUCAUCUACUUACUCCUCAGAUGGUGUCGGGUGCUAUUCCAGGUCUUAGAAAGCUGCAAGGACUGGCCCAUGCAAAUUUAGCUUUAAUUUUUCUCACAGCAAUGUCAGGGGCUUUUGUGGCAGGUUUGGAUGCAGGACUUGUGUACAAUUCUUGGCCAAAGAUGGCUGACAAAUGGAUACCAGAUGAUAUUUUGGCUCAAAGUCCAAAAUGGAAGAACAUUUUUGAAAAUGCAACCACAGUUCAGUUCAACCACAGGCACUUGGGAGAGCUAACUGCCACUAGCAUCACGUUGUUUUGGUUGAUGAGCAGAAAGGUCCCCCUUCCACCCAGAGCAAGACUGGCAAUGAAUGCAUUGUUUGGAAUGGCCAUGAUACAGGUAUCUCUAGGCAUCACCACUCUGCUGACCUAUGUCCCCACACACCUGGCAGCUACACACCAGUCUGGCUCUCUGGUACUACUAAGUAUUGGGAUCUGGCUCAUGCAGGAACUGAAGAGGCUGCCCAAGUAAAAGAUGUAUAAAAGACUGCUGGGAGGUUUUAUAGUUUGGCCAUAAAGGAUGAUAUCAAAUGUAUGUGUAUUUUGUUUUGAAAAGAUAUGGUACAGAUGACACAUUGGCAUUAUGUUUUUAGAGCAUGUUCAAGUGAAUCUUUGCUGGAAAACAGUGUUUUUCAUCUUACAAGAUCUGUCUACUUGAUAAGCCAGUGGUUAAAACAAACAUAUCAGAAUGUGCUGGAUGUGCUGAUAUUUUUCUCUGAAAAUAUAUUGUUUCCAAAAGACAGGUAUCUUUAUUAUGAAUUUUGAAUUUGAAUGAAUGAAUUAAUCGGAGUAGUCAGAUAGAUCUGUUUGAAUUAGGAGUGAUGAACAUGCCAUUGUGUACAUGUUUGAAUUGGUUCAAGCGAGAUUUGGCACUGAAACUUUAUUGGGAAUUAGCUCGUGACCCAUCAAAAUGCAGUGAUAAAGCUUUAUUCUUUUCUUUUGGUUGUGAGCUGCAAUGUGGUAUCUUAAUUUUGUUUGCUUGUGAUCUGGCAGUGUGGCUCUAUUGGUAGUAAGAAGUGUAGCUGUGUGGGUAUUGGCUUGCCAUGCCACCCAGUGAGAUGCAGUAGGCCUGUAACGUGUAUAGCUAUAUUUGGUGUGGCUGAAGGACUCUGCUUUUGAAGUACUGCAACUGUAAAAGGUUUUAGUUUCUGACCAAGGACAUGAAUUCAAAUUGCUUGUGUUAUACUUGAGCUUAUGCCCUAUAGUGUGAGCAGCUAGUUUUUGAUAUUAUGUGUGAAAUAUGUCAUUAUUUGAUGCAUGUUAUCUUUUCUUGAAUAAUGAAUUGUUCCCAUGGCGAUAAAUCUCACAUUUUUAUUACACAUUAAAUAAGGCUAUGUUUCAGGUGUAAAGUGUUGGUGAAUACUUAAAGGGAUAGUAACUCUUCAUAUGAUAUCUAUAUUUCACAUUAAAAACAUUGUACACAACUCAUAGAAAUAUAAUAUAUUCUGUUU